AUUCUUGUCCCUCUCUCUUGUAGUUCCAAUGUUUGCCAAUUUCUCGACCUCCCUACUGUCCACUGACGGCUCACUGCUGGCCUCGUGGGCGGUGCUUACUCCAGGACUCCGCCCACUGAUCCACCUCACCGUUCGUUGGGUGGAGCUGUCUGCCGUGGGGCCAGACGAUGACCUCAAUGACCCCACAAGCUCCGCCUUCCCUCUCACCAACAUUGCCGUCAUGGAGUACGACAUCAAGACAAGAGUGGUGAUGAAAUAUGACAUCAUCAGUGUCACCCUGAGAGGUCUGGCAGUGAAUGAGACGUACGUCGUGGCUGUGACUGGCAGUAAUGUCCUCCGCUCAAAAACCACUGUCUUUACCUUCACUACAGAAGCCAAUGAAACCACCACCUCGGAGCCCCUCCCAUCAGCUGGUGAACUGACUCACUCUCUUCCUCAACACCACCUGACUCUAACUCUCUUGUCAUUAGCUUCACUCAUCCACACUUCAUUUCUUAGCUCCACUACUCCGUUCACUGAUACAUUAUAGCUCACUAAUUUAGAGAUCACAAUUUCAUCAAUUGAAAGUCUAACGGAAAAAUUU